AGAGGAGCGGUUGUUUCAGCUUUGGCCGGGGUCUGGGCCUGAACUUGGAAAAUGCUGCUGACGCCCCAGGAAAGGUCCUCCUCGAAGAAGAGGAUGGGGCUGAAUCGCUGGAAACAGCUCACAAGAAAGCCGAAUCCCAAGCUUGCUUUUGACCCUGACAAGGUAGAACCCUGGAUUAAGAGAGUGGAAAAAGCUUCAGAACUUGCAGUUUUGAACGCAUUUCCUGCCAGAAAUUCAGAUUUACCUGGAAGGCUUUGGAGCCAAAUCAGAGAUUUGGAAGCAUCUGAACAAACAGAGGAUCAUGAUGAAGUCUAUGCAGAAGCUCAGGAGUUGGUCAAUGACUGGUUAGACGCCAAAUUUAAGCAAGAAUUAGCAAGUGAUGGAGAAGGUGAUACUGAAAACACUGUGUCAAGUAUCACUCUUAUGCCAGAAGCCAAUGGCCAUAUGAAAUAUGAUAAGUUUGAUGAUUUAUGUGGCUAUUUGGAGGAAGAAGAGGAAAGUACCACAGUUCAAAAAUUUAUAGACCAUCUGCUCCAUAAAGAUGUGGUGGAUUCUGGGAUGUUGGAAGAUCUUGGAAGGAAGGAAAACCAAGACAAGAAGCAGCAGAAGGAUCCUCGUCUUACCAUGGAGAUGAGACAUAAGCAGGUAAAAGAAAAUCGCUUAAGACGUGAAAAAGAACUGGAGUGCCAGAGAAUUGAGAAGGCCCUGAAAAAAUCGGCCUUCUUAGAAGCUCAGUGUCUGGUGCAAGAAGAGAAGAAAAGGAAGGCUCUGGAGGCCAAGAAAGAAGAAGAGGAGAUUCAAAGGGAGAUGGUAAAGCUGCGGAGGGAGAUAAUUGAGAGGAGGCGCACUGUGGAAGAAGCAUGGAAAAUAGAGAAGAAAAGGCAAGAAGAAAAUUCUCAAAAGAAUCUAGAAAAAGGCAUGUUUCGAAGUGCUCACAUUCUUCUGGAUGAAGAAAAAAUGGCGAAAGAAAGAAAAAGGAAACUGAAAGAGUUAUUAAUCCAAACUUUCAAGGAAAAUCAACAGUGUCAAAAACGGUAUUUCUCUGCCUGGCACAAGCUGAUUCUCGAUCAUAGGAUUAAGCUGGGGAAAGCUGGGACCCUGUCCGACUGGAAGAGUCAACUGAAGGUCCUGCGGGCCUGGAGAGACUACACAAGAUCCCAGAAGUUGCAGCGGGAGACUCAAGCCUGGGAAAAUGAUCUUAGAGAAGAAAACAGAAAACAACAACUGGCCACUGAGUAUAACCGGAAACAAGUUCUCCGACACUACUUGACAGAAUGGCAGCAUUGGCAUGGUGCAGAGCUCCUGAAGAGACAGCUGGCUCAAACAAAGGAGGAAACUAGGAAGAAAAUGGAUGAGCUGCUGAAGGCAGUGUCACUAGGGAAACUCAGUACAAAUGGGUCAUCAGGCAUCAGUCUACCUGAGGAGGCAACAGCCAUGGUGGGUCCACUGGUAAAAAAUGGAGAGGUGACUGCCGUGCCCUCUUUGUGGGAAAAGCCUCCCUUGGAGAGCAAUGGUUGUAUGUCCAGCCCUCCCCUAGGAACAACAGCAAAGGGCAACUUGCAGGGUCCACUUCAGAAUGUCCCUCUGAACACAUCUGACAAUAAGCAGCACAAGACCCUGGAUGCUGAGCCCUCCCAACAGCCUGGCAGCAGCGAGAAGCUCAGAACCACAUGCCAGAAAGCAGAACCCAUUUGCAUGGGUCAUUUCCACAACCGCCUUGUCUUCCAGCAACAGCUGAUUGAAAAGCAAAAGAAGAAACUUCAGGAACAGCAGAAAACAAUUCUCGAGCUGAAGGAAAACCAGCGGCUUGCAGAGGCUCAGUGGGCAGCAGAGCGAGCCACAGCAGUCACAGACACACACAGGCGCCUGCUGUCAAAUCCCAGAGGAGAAGAGGAACCCAAGGGAACCUGCCAGAUGCUUCCAAAUUCGCCUGUUGCUUCCCCUGGGACUGAAGGCAGUAGAAGUGACUCCCGCAAUUCUCUUUCUGGACCCAGAAGGAACCCAAAGCAGCUGAUGACAACCCAUCCCAUAUUGAAAGCUAUGGAAGAGAGAGCAAUUCAACGAGCUGAACGUAGGCGAAUCUUGGCAGAAAGGAAGAAAAAACAAGAAGAAGAGAAAUUGGCCCAGUUGAAGGCCCAAGAGGAAGAGCGUCAGAAAAGGGAGGCAAAAGAAAAGGAGGCAGAACUUGAGAGAAAACGAGAAGAGAAGAGACUGAGGAAAAUGAAAGAGCUAGAGAAGCAGAAGAGAAUUAAGAGGAACCAGCAGCUGGAAGCAGUGGCCAAAGAACACUAUAAAAAGGUCUUGCUAAGAAAAAAAGGUCUAGAGCCUUGGAAGAGAUUAAGAAUGCAAAGCAAGCAAAACAUGCAGGUGGCAGAAGAACAUCACUCUUUGGCCUUACAGAGGAAAUGCCUGCUGACCUGGUUCCAGUAUAGUCAGGAAAAUCUGGCUAGGAAGACGGCCCAGGCCGAUCAAUUUCAUUCCCAAACAUUGCUUAGGAGAGUCAUCCAGAGCUGGCUACAGCAUCUGACUCAUCUGGAGGAAGAAGUAAGAAAACUUUGUGUACAUUUUCUUCAGAAGAAGAUUUUCAGGGCCUGGUUUAACAUGGUCAGGGAGGCAAAGAUCGAUUAUCAGAGCAAGCAGAAGACUGCGGCAGAGCACAAUGACAGGUGA